AUUAAAGUCGCGUGUAUUCAAUGCUGCAAGCGAAACCUGGUUCAGUGAGCCCGUCUUCGAAGUUUUACGCCCUGUUAUACCUUAUUUCAUUCAUCUCUAUAUAAAAGCUAUUGGAACAUUGAAAAAUGAGAGGAGAAUAUUGCAUUGGAGGUGCAUCCUUCCUUUCGUUCGUUGCACUAUUGCUACUAAUCUUUGUUCAUGUUGGGCAAAUAAACACCUCACUUGUUCCACAUGGAAUUGCAAUGGCAAAAGUCAACACUUCAGGGUUCGGCCAGGCGUUUAGUAAUACCACUCACGAUCCGGAUCAAGGCCUAUACACCACCAAUUAUACCUCACCGCUCGGCCAGCGGAAUGGCCUGAGGCAAAUCUACGAGUUCGGCCUCUAUUCCUAUUGCGCAUACGUUAACGGCUCUGCUGGAACAUGCACCAAUCACACUAUUGCCGACAAGUUUGAGCCUUAUAUUGCACUAACGUCCGAUAUGCUUUCAAACUAUUCAGGAUAUUGUGAUGCAUUGUUUGCUAACACGACGUUCAUCAACUCAUCCUACCUGGGUUACAAUUCUCGCGUUGCAUACUAUUUCAUGCUCAUUGGGACAAUACUUGCAACUGUGGCAUUGUUCACUGGUGUAAUAAGAAACGCGCUGUUCUUCUUCAUUUCAACGGCUUCAUCGAUAGUUGCUGCGCUGUGCAUUCUCAUCGGUGCUGCCAUCUGGACAUCGAUCGUCAAAAAGUGCGAAGGUAUCAAUACCCUGGAACUCACUCCCCUCAAUGGCGGCGUUAUAUCAGGGAUGAUUGUGUCCUACGGGAAUGGAAUAUACCUUGCGUGGGCGGCCUUUGCCUGUUUGGCCGCAGCUGCAGUGCCGUACAUGGUUAGCUGUUGCACGUUCCGAGGAUGAGUAUUUGAUGCUGGCCAUCGCUCGCAGACGAUUUUCAUGAUAAGCGAUAAUCUAUCACGAUCAGCGAUGUGACUCCCUCGUGAGACUCAUCAAUGAGGACAUUUAGACUACGAGUAUGUAUUACUAUUCGAUUUAUGAUGAAAUGAAAGUGCCGAAGUUGUUCAUACUCCUUUGCCUCGAGUAAUGUCAAUUGUAAAAGCAAAUCACCUUGACGGGGC